GUUCCUGUUUGGAAUGUAUUUGAGAGGUCGCCGUAUUUCCAGCAGAUAGCUUGUAGCUAAAUGGUCAAAAGAUUUGCUGCCGACACUUGCCAUCUUGUGUCAUAAUGGCGGAUGACAGACCAAUCCACGAGCUCAGGUUUGACGCUGCCGUGAGAGUAAUACAGAGUUUACCUCGUAAUGGUCCUUUCCAGCCAUCAAAUGAUAUGAUGCUGAAAUUCUACAGUUACUACAAACAGGCUACACAAGGUCCAUGCAGAAUUCCCAGGCCUGGCUUCUGGGAUCCUGUGGGCAAAGUCAAAUGGGAUGCAUGGAAUUCUCUGGGUGACAUGCCAAGGGAGAAGGCAAUGAUAGCGUACGUCGAUGAAAUGAAGGAGAUUCUGGAAACCCUGCCGGUCACCGAUAAGGUGGAGGAGCUGCUGGAAGUUCUGGGCCCGUUCUAUGACGUGGUGGAGGGCGGCGGCGAGACACCUGACCUGACCUUGGAUGCGCUAACAUCAUCGGCAAAGAGUGUCACGCAAAGCACUGGAAGGACUUUAAGUGUGAAUGACAAAGCGGAUGCCAGCGACACGAGUAUUGAAUCCGAGGGCGACGAAGUGGAGGAGUCAGAGGAGGAGGAGUCAGAGGAGGAAGAGGAGGAGCAGGAGAAGGAAGAAGAGAAAGUGGAGAAAGAAAAGGACGUGGCGAGGCUGAAAGCAGACAGCAUCCCGGCGAAGGCCCACGCCCCGCUCUCCAACGGCAGCGUGGAGCACAGCCUGUCUUCCAUGACCAACGGCACCCACAGCUCCCUGAACAGCGAGUGCUUGGACGAGGAGCUGGCCUUCAGCCUGCAGCCGUCCCAGCAGCCCCUCGACUUCAACGGGCAUCUCAGUGCCCCUCGCUCAGAUCGGGGCGAGGAUGCGACGGGGCCCCAGCACCUGGCCAGCGACUCGGACGGGGAGGUGUACUGCGACUCCAUGGAGCAGCUCGGGCUGGAGGAGGGAUCUGGGGUGCUCAUUAACCACUCUCUGGAGACGGGUGAGGUGAGCAACCUUUCUGGAGUGGAGCAGGGGCUGCUGGGAGAGGCACCUGUGAAGGACGAUCUCCAGGAAGGAUCCAACUGCAUCCAGCACGGAGGGGAGGAGGGGACACCUGGCGGACACAUGCCCCACAGGGAGAGGCUAAGCACAGGCAGGCCUGACACCUCCCUGGUCAGGAGAGGAAGAGCCUCCAGGUCAUCGGGGGCCGGCUCCGGCGGGGGGGCCCGGGGGGGGCUGCCAGGCGGUGGAGACGGAGACGGGGAGCGCUGGGGGUCGGAGGGCGGGGCCGAGGGCAGCCUGAACGAGCAGAUCGCCGCGGCGCUGGCGCGGCUGCAGGAGGACAUGCAGAGCGUGCUGCAGCGGCUGCACACGCUGGAGGCCCUGACCGCCUCGCAGACAAGAUCAUUAUCUCUGCAGCAGAGUUACCCAUCACCCUCGGUAGACAAGAAACCACCCUGGUGGCCUUUUGAUGUCUCCCCUGGCACGGUGGCCUUUGCUGUUGUCUGGCCCUUCGUCGUGCACUGGCUGGUGUGGCUCUACCUCCAGCGAAGGAGAAGGAAGAUGAAUUGAAAACCGUUUGAGCCGACAGUAUGACAAGAGGGUUUGAUGUCUCCUGUUCUAUCGCGGGCAUUACUGUACUUAAUCCCUCUUACACAUAUCUCUACUGUAGCUCUUGCUUUUGCACUACAAUGAUGGCACUACUACUACUAGUAAGUUGCACCUUUUAACCUACCAGUACUGGAAUUUGGUACCAAGGAAAAAUUGUGAAUGCAAGGUAUAUAAGGCAACUUAUAAUCAUGCAAGCUUAUUUUUUAUUACAGUGACUGGUAAGGGUGUCAGUCACUCCUGUUUUGAAUGAAUGGUAGCAUUAACCUGUAAAAGAAAGAGCUAGCUCUGUAUGAUUCAGGAGUGUGUGGUUUAAUUGUAGUAAACCAUUGUGUAUCUCCCUAGAUUUUAUUUCUAUCUUUAAUUCCCUUGAAGCAUGUGGAUGUCAUAGUUUGUCUCAACUUCUAGCUAAACUGGUAUUUCCUACCCCCACAGCACUCUGUAUGCAGUUUUCAGUACAUUAUAACAAUCACCUCAUCUAUUACUCUCACAUUAGUUAAAUUUAUCAUGAUGCAUCUGCAGUCAAAUGCAGAAAGUACUAAUUUUUAUGAUGUUUACGUCAAACAUCUAAUUCAUUUAAUGUUACAUGAAUAGGUACUGUUUAUUCUUAUUACAAAGCAGAAAGGAGGUACUGGUAAUAGGCUUGUCAGUCUGGACAGAGUGUAGUUAAGUUCUGAGGAAGGCUUGGUGAAAGGUCUCUACACUAUGAGGAUGCAGGGAUGAACAAAGAUAUUUUGUUGUUGAGUGUCAAAAUGCCAGCACAAUUCUGUAUCAGCUCACACUUACUCUUCGGCCAAUAUCUAACCGCAAUGCACUUUGUUGCUAGCACUAUGCACUGUUUGAAUUGUGAAAUUCAGCAAGUGUUACAUUUUUUAAAAUAUUUCAGAGAUUGUAAAACUGAUCCUGUUGUAGCUAAUGUAUGUAUGUAACACUUGCCUGACUUUGUUGUUCAGAGUUAAGGAGACAGCAUGUUGCAGUUUGAAAAUCAGCAUAUCAUUAAACUGGGUAGGUUGUGUUGUGGAUGCUAGCCCUAUAUGCCAAUGUUGGCAUAUCCAGACAUGAACAGUCAAUAAAACGCAUAGGAUAAUUAAAAGUACGCUAUGUGCAGAAGAAGACAGAUGCUAAAAAGUUCUGAAAAGAAAAGCUUAACUUGAAAUAAAACUUAAGAAC